AUGUCAUCUUCCCACGCCCUCAAACAUGCAUUCGACGUGACCACGUUUGUCACCGACCAAGCUCUCUACACAAAGACCCUCUGUGGUGCUCACAAUGCCAAACCUACCCAUCCUCUCUGGUUCUCCCAGGUUUGUGAGGGGUCUAAUACCGGGGCAUCACUCCUUCAAUUGCCCUCAGAGCUGCUGGAUCACAUCACAGAGCUUCUAUCCAUCGCCGAUCUGGCUUCAAUGGCGCUCGUAAAUACUGCUUGCCGGCAACUAGCGCGGUCACGGCAAUUUGCGAGUAUUCAUCUUGCCUACACGACGCCUGCAGCAUCGGGAAUACGGAACGUACUUGCUGAUGAAUCGGCGGCUCGAAUGGAAAAUCAUAUGAUAUCAAGUCCCACGCUGGGCGUUUGUGUGAGAAUCUUAACCGUAGCCUCCGUCAUACUGAUGGAAUCAUUCUUUGUGAGGUGGUGGAAGUUAGAGGACCUUCCGUCGCUGUUCAUGCCAGAGGUGUCGAGGGAAAGAGCGAUUGAGCUGGUGGCAAAUAAUUACUUUGACGUUUAUGUGAGAAAUCUGAGCGAUGCGCUGAGAUAUUCGUUGCCGAAUCUAGAGGUAUUAAGGUGGGAGGAUAAGGUGUGUAUUACUCCGGAGCUGAUGAAUGCUAUUGCUGCUUCCGGGGUGAGAGAGCUAGAGAUGGCAGGGGUGUUUGUGGACCGGGAGUUUGUGGUGGACGGGCGGCCGAGGUGGGGAUUGAGGAGACUGGUGAUGGAUAUUCAAAGGGCGAAGGGCUGCGACAACGUUAGUACGGCACCGCUGUGUAUGAGCAUCUUGAAGGCUGCAGCCCAAACAUUGGAAGAAUUGGAGUGGGUGAAUGGUGAAGUAAUGAGAUUUGAUGCUGCUGAAACCGAUCCUCCUUUACGAUUCCCGCAGCUUCGUAGCUUGGUACUGCAGAAUACAGAGAUUGAUAGUGAGCUCUUAGAAGCACUCAUAUCAGAAAAUAAUCCGCAGCUACGACUUCGUACUCUCACUGUAGCUUCUUCUUCGGCAUCCAAAUACCUAUCCCGCCAUGGGCAUAUAGACACCUUGCAAGUCUACCACACUUCUGCUUCCCUCUCUUCGUCAGAUGUUGUCUUCAUUGGCACCAAUUCGCAGCUGCAUGCGCUCACUGCACCGUGUCCCAGUGAUUCGCUGGUCCUAGGCACUCUUCUCCCCACGCUCACAGAUUUCCGACACCUGACAAACCUGCAUCUCGUUUGGGACACCAAAACGAUUGACAUACGAGCCCUGGAGAGUAUAGGAGGCGUCAAAUCAUUGACUCACCUCUGGCUCUCUGCAGGAACGCAAAGCGGCAAUAUCCACGACUGGGUGGCUCCUCACGACGCAAUGGUAACUGCAUUCCGUCAGUUACAGAAGCUACGGGUGUUGGUAUUUACAAGAGAUACCUACGAGCACCCACUCGCUGGUGAGCCUCCAGAGAAGUACUAUAUUCUCCGCCAGCAUCCUGAUGGCGUUGAAGGGGACGAGGGAGCGCCAGGCUUGCAGCAGCGAUUGGAGGCGGCGUGGGAGUUGUGGCAUAUGGAGGAGAUGCGGAGGGUGGCGAGUGACUAUGCAGAUGUGUUGGAGAGACUGGAGUCGGUGUUUUUAGGCCAGCUGGAGGCUAAUGUAAAGCAGGAGUGGUGGAAAGAGCCGGGGAAGAGGAUUGAUGAUUGGUGUUUUGGGAAGGCGAGGAGUGGGGCUUGGGUGCCGAGUGGGAACGAUAAGUUAUGA